AGGGCAAGUAAGCCAGUCAGCAGCGCUUGUGAUGUGGCUCUCAAACAGCACGGUAGUAGCGACUGAGACACAGUAGGAGAGAGAGUGGAUAAAACUGCGAAGUUAAUUUGAGCUUUCGGAGUUACUCACAUAUUUCGAUUUAGCCAUAGACAAUGGCGUCAGCUGGGGACCGUGCUAUUCUGAAUUCAAUCUUCAAUCCUCUGUUACCUGUGGGAGAGUGUGUGUUUGAAGAGGACAUCCCAAAGGAAUUAAAAGACCCCGAUGAUGGAUCUUCAGAUUGUGCAGAGGCCAAAGAGCAGGAGGUUUUGGGAGUGAAGGCAGCAGAAGCAGGAGACGUAGAGGGCGCCCUUGUCCAUUUCAACAGAGCCAUUGAGAUAACCCCCUCCAGGCCGUCUGGGUACAACAACAGAGCCCAAGCUUUGAGGCUACAGGGCAAGGUUGAAGAGGCAAUGGCAGAUCUCAACACAGCAAUAGAAAUCUCCAAAGGCAAAGGACGAGCUGCCUGCCAAGCAUUUACACAAAGAGCCAUGAUCCAUCGCCUGCAGGGGAAUGAUGAUUUGGCAAGGGAAGAUUUCCAGGCUGCUAGCAAUCUCGGCUCAGAAUUUGCCAAAGCACAGCUUGUGCAAAUGAAUCCGUAUGCAGCUUUGUGCAAUAAAAUGUUGCACGAUGUAUUUAGCAAACUCCAGCGAGGCGAGUGUGCAGGUGUCUGAUGUCUCUUGAUCAAGUUGUUUCAUCAGUUCAAAAAAAGCAGAAAAAAUAAUGACUUCAUUGUCACAAGAACUUUUUGUAGUGGCUUUACUUGUUAAUUUCUGCAAGCCCAAGAAAUCUGAAAUAAUUUGAAAUAAUUUGUAUAUAUUUUCCAAGUGAUGUUUUUUGAGGCUUACCGAAACAUCUUUUACAUAUUUACGCUAACAUUGUAUGAAGUUCCAUUGUGUGUACCUUUAGAUGUUACAUUUACAUUAAAUACUUUAAUUUGAGAAAACAGCUUGGAUAUGAAUAUAUGCAAAGAAAUACUUUGCAUACCUAUGGGGAAAACUGCAAGAAGACCAGUACAUUAAUGUGUAAACCAAUAGAUUCUCAGUGGAUUAAGGAUGUAUAUGUUUACAUCUUGUCAUGGAAUCUUUUAAUAUUAAAAAAUGUAUUUCUCCUAACAUAUAUUUGCUGGAUCUAAUACUAAAAUCUCUCCAGAGAACAAAUCUUAGUUUAUAAAAUUAAAGAUACCUGAUUUCUCGAAAUACUGUUUAUUCAUUAGAAGCAGGUAGUAGCAUCUGUAAGAUGCUGUUUAAAGGAUUGUAUAAAUCACUGUUAUAAAUAUAUUUUGUGUAUAAAGUUAUUUUCAGAAAUUAUUAUCUAAGUCCAAAAGCACAUGUAGUCCGUAUUUCUGAUAUUUCAUAUAUCAAGUUGACUAUAUCAUUGUAUUUUUUUCACAAUUUUGGCAGAUGGUCACUUCAUAAAAAAAAGUACUACUACAGCGACCAUCUCUGUUAUCCAUACAAAUUUGUGUAGAGUAUAGAUAAUUAAAAGAAACGACUGCAA